AUGGCUAACAAAGUCUUCAACGUCGCAGUCUUCUUUGUUUGCUUCAGAGAAUGUCUGGAAGCUGCAAUUAUCGUCUCGGUAUUACUGUCGUUCGUGGAUAGGACAGUAUCCAAGGAAAAUGUAUCUCUUCGUCGCCGUCUCAAAAAGCAACUUUGGUUGGGUGUAGCUCUUGGCCUUCUAAUAUGUUUAGCUAUCGGUGGUGCUACGAUCGGUGUAUAUUACCGCUACCAGAAUGAUAUUUACGGUCCCUACGAAGAUAUUUGGGAGUCAGUGUUCGCGUUUAUUGCCAGCAUAAUGAUCAGUAUGAUGGGUAUCCCAAUGCUGCGCAUAAGCAAAAUGAAAGCAAAAUGGCGCCUGAAGUUUGCUCAGGCCCUGGUCGAAGGACAUAAGGAAAAGGGCCGUUGGAAGCUUGGUCAUUUCGUAAAAAGAUAUGCGUUAUUUAUGUUACCUUUUGUUACUGUUUUAAGGGAGGGCCUAGAGGCCGUCGUAUUCGUUGCUGGUGUUGGUGCAGCAGGGGAUGUCGAGGCCACAUCAUACCCUCUGCCCGUGGUAGUUGGAUUACUAGCCGGUGCAGCCAUUGGUAUGUUCUUAUACUAUGGUGCCACACGUUCUUCUAUGCAGAUCUUCCUUGUAUGCUCGACCUGUCUCUUGUACCUCAUCGCAGCAGGUCUAUUUUCUAGGGGAGCUUGGUACAUUGAGACCUACAAGUUCAAUACAGCAAGUGGUGGUGAUGCCUCGGAGAACGGCAGCGGUAACGGUUCCUACAACAUCCUGCGCUCAGUCUAUCACGUGAACUGUUGUAACCCGGAGAUGAAUGACGGGUGGGGUAUAUUCAAUGCUAUCUUCGGCUGGCAAAACACGGGCUACCUUUCAAGCAUCCUAUGCUACAUCUUUUAUUGGGUUGCCCUUAUAGUCAUAGUUUCGCUCAUGAUCUUUGAGGAGAAGAGAGGGCAUCUUCCAUUCACCCAGAAGCGGUUAUCAGACCUAAAUCCUUUCCGUAUAUUCAAAAGGAAGCAAAUCUCCAAAGACGAAGAAGAAAUUUUAUUCGCUAAGGCGAAGAACGUUAACUUUAACCGCGAGGGACACUUAACUACUACUUGA